AUGCUUGUAACUAUUCUGUAUAUAAAUAGGUAUUAUUAUGCAUAUGUACUGGGUUUCUGGCUGCAUUCUACUUUCGAUGGUUUCCUACUUAAUUUAUUAAUUUUUUGUACAUAACAAGUACAUUAGAAAAGGCAACACAUGUUAAGACUAAUCCAUAUAAUGAGAUAUGUUAAGUAUUUAGAGAUGGAAGGAAAAUCCAUUUCAAAUUUAGGUAAUAAAACUAAAAUGAAAGUUAGAUUCUUAAAAUAUGAAUUAUAGGAAGAUAAAUUCAAACCUUUAGAAUUUGAACCUAAAAAUGCUAAUUAAUUAAAUACUAAGGAAGUUUAAAUUAGACAAUUAGAUUAUGGAUAAGCAUUAAUGAAAAUUCCAAUGAUAGGAUUUCUAGAAUUUACAUUAGAAGAACUUUCAACUCCAUUUUAUACAUUAUAAUAUUUAUGUGUAGUAAUUUGGUUGGUUUAAGGGUUUUUUUAUUUUGCAAUUGUAAUGAUGUCAUGUUCUCUCAUUUCAACUUUCAUAAAAUUUUAUUUGCUUAGACAAUCUUUAAAAAGAUUAUAAUCAUUGGCUGCAAUUCAUUAACAAGUAAUUGUGAUUAGAGAUGAUCAAUUAAUAAAAAUAGAUGUAAAUGAACUUGUUCCAGGAGAUAUAAUAAAUUUAUAAACAAUGAUUGUUCCUGCUGAUUGUAUAAUUACUGGUAUGGCGUUACUAAAUGAAGCAACAUUAACAGGUGAGAGUAAUCCUGUACCUAAAUAGACAGGAUAAAUAUUAUUUGAAGGUACAAAGAUUCUCGAAGUAAAUGCUGGAUCAUCAGCAUAAAUAAUAAGAACUAAUUAUUCUACAAUUAGAGGAUAAUAUUUUAGAAAUGUCUUAUAUCCACAUAAAGUGACUCAUAAAUUUUAUACAUAAGCUAUGAAAUUUUUAGGUGGUUUUGUUAUUUUCAAUAUUAUAAUAGCAGGUGCUACAUUAGUAAUUUAUUUAGAUUAUACAACUGAAUUAAUUUUAGCAAAUAUAUUUAGUACAUUAACAUGGAUAUUCCCACCUGCUAUGCCUAUUUUUUUUUCAUUAACAGCUACAAUAGCAUUGCUUCGUUUAAAAAAUGAGAAUAUUAUUGGUAGUAAUAUGGAUAAGAUUCAUAUUUCAGGAUAAGUUGAUGUUGCAUGUUUUGAUAAGACAGGUACUUUGACAACUAAUGAAUUAACUGUAAUUGGUUUAUGGGAUAAAUAAGAUUGUAAUAUAUGUAUAAGUUGUUGUCAUCAUAUUUGUUAAUCUGAAGGAUAAUUGGUUGGAGAUAUAUUGGAUCUUGAAAUGUUUAGAUAUAGUUAAUCAAAAAUAAUAUUUGACAAGAAUGAUAUUUAAAUUACAUCAAAAGAUUAAAAGAUUUAUAAGAUUAUUAAAAUAUUUGAUUUUAAUUCUGAAUUAAUGAUGAUGUCAGUUAUUGUUGAAUGUGAAAAUAAAUAUUAUUUAUGUUCAAAAGGUGCUCCUGAAAAGUUAUAAUCAAAAUUAAAUUCACAUAAUGAAGAAAUGCUUUUACAAUUAUCCUUCUAUGUAAAUUAAGGAUAUCGUGUUAUAAGUCUAGCUUAAAAAGAGAUUAAUCAAAAAGAUCUCAAUUUAGAUAGAAUGUAAUUAGAAAUCAAUUUGAAUUUCUUAGGAUAUCUUAUAUUUGAAAAUCAAUUAAAACAUGAUACUGCAGAUGUAAUGAAAUAGUUAAUAGAAUCAAAUUUAAAAGUGAAAGUAAUUAAUUUAAUAAUUUAGAUUCUAUCUGGUGACAAUCCUUUAACAACUGUUAAUACUGCAUAUAAUAUUGGUAUAGCUAAUGAAGUUGUAAAAUUAUUUGAUAUUCGAAAUUCAGAAAUAGUAGAGAUUGAUAUAAAAAGAAUAGAAGAUAAAUAAUAAAUUAUAUAAUAAAAAUCAUACUUAAUUGAUGUUAAGGAUUUGUAGAAUUACAUUUAUACAUUGAAUCAUUAAUUUGCAUUAACUGGAGAUUUUAUGGAAUACUGUAAUUUACAUAAAUUAGAUGUUCCUUCUUUAUAUCAGAGAACUAUUGUAUUUGCAAGGGUUAAACCACAUUAAAAAAAGGAAGUCAUUUUUAUGCAUUAAUAAUUAAAAUGUUGUGUAGCUAUGAUAGGAGAUGGAUCAAAUGAUUGUGUAAUUAUCUCUUUAAUUAAAGUCAGCUAUUUCUUAAGCAGAUAUUGGAGUCUCAUUCUCUUAAGCUGAUGCUUCAUACACUGCUCAUUUCUCAUCAUUAGAUUAAUCCAUAAAAUGUAUAGUGACAAUAUUAGCAUAAGGAAGAGCAACAGCAUAGACCUUAAGUGAAAUUUUUCCUCUCUAUAUUUUAUUAAGUUUUCUAGCUACUUGUGCCUAUACAUGUUUGGCAUUGGAAGGUCAAAAUUAUAGUGACUUUUAAUUAUUAUUCCUUAGCUUUUUAUGUUACAUUCCAAUUAUGGCAUCGAUGACAUUAACAAAAGCAUUGCCAAAUCUAUCUAAAGAAUUACCUUUAGAUGAUAUGUAUUAAUGUAAUGUUUAUCAAAUUUAUUAAAGUAAAUAAUCAACUUUCAUUUUAUACUCAUGUAUUCAUCUUUACUGGUGGUUUACUAGUAUCUGUAGCAAUCAUCAUGAAUGCUGAGAAUCAUCAUUUUGAUUAACCAGAUCCUCCUAUUAAAGAUUAUCUUAGAAGAGGAAUGCUCAAUACUGCUACAGUCAUUAUUGCAUAAAUAUACAGUCAAUUCUUGCCUUUCAUCUUUAUAAUUUCUAAACCUUUCAAAGAAGAAUGUUAUAAGAAUUAUGCUUAUAUGACAUACUCUAUUCUCUCAUUUUCAAUAACUAUUUUAUUUGUGUUUUGUAAACCAACUUAAUAAUUUUUGGAUUUGGUUGAUUUUAAUUCUGAAAUGUAAUAUUAAUAAUAAAAAUAUUAUAGUGAUCAUUUUGAUAUAUUUUUGCUAUUAAUAAUGGCAGGUACGAUCAUUUUAGAUAUUAUAAUUUAAAAUAUAUUAUAAAUAAGAUUUCCAAGGAAAAGAUAUUUAUGA